AUGUUUGUCUCGGCUACCGCGAGCAAUGUUCCAAGCGCGAGCGGCACGGAUCUCGACAGUGACACCGACAUCGACAUCGAAGACUUGCGCGAGCGCGUGUACGCGGCAGCUGGAAAGCCAUGGGAUGGGACAAUUGAAGCGCUGCACGCCGACAUCAAGGCCACCAUCACCAUGUUGGAAAAGGAUACCGCAGACGGCGUGAUGACUUUGCAACCUGUAUGGGGCCGGGAGGGUGAGAGCCUCGUCAAAGCGGGUGAGAUCAUUGAGUACUCCAAGCUCAUCAAUGCUGCUACGGAGUUGCGUAGCAGCGAGAUCGUGUCGAGCUGCAAGACCAAUCUUCGUGAAGCCGAGGACCCCGACCCGCAAGCCUGGGCCGACCAGUACACCUCCGUCGGAUACUACCAGCAGCAGUUGAAGCUUGACGCUGCCAGGGCGAGCAAACCCAAUGAGCCCACUCUCGAGCAGAUGACGCAGUGGGACCAGGUGGCGAUGAUACUCGCGCUCCGCGCGAUGAAGCUCAUGCUUGACGAGAAGAAGCGAGGGCAAAGUUUCACCCAAGUGCUUCGGAAGCCCUCAAGGACGGAGACUGGCAACAGCAGUGGCUACUGGGGAGUGGCACUGAAGCGACCGGAGGCGGAUCCGACUUUGGGGACCUCGAAGCUGACUGAGGGUUCGUUAGUGCAGGACCCAGAGGAGAUGUAG